AUGGCGCGGGCGCGCUCGCUGGACGCGGACGCGGGCGAGGAGGAGUUCUUCGACUCCAGGGAGGCCAUCUCGCCGCCCUCCGUCGCCUCGCCGGCCAGCUCCGGCCGCCACAGCGGCGACGGCGAGGGCUGGCUCUGCGGCGGGGCCCUGCUCGAGGUCUGGGCCACGGGCCCCUUCAGCGUCGAGGAGCGCCGCCAGCGGUUCGUCCGCUCCCUGGGCCUCCUGGAUCCCGCCGAAUCGGAGCCGCGCUCCAGGCCCCGCGCCGGCGAGGAGAUCGUCGUCCUGGGGAGCCCCGGCGCGGCGCCGGCCUCGCCCGCCCCUCGUCUCGCGCGCGGGACUGCGGGGGACGAGGAGGCGGGGGCGCCCGGCCGAAGCGCCGGCGGCGGCGGCGAGGAGGGCCUGGAGUGCGUGUUCAAGAACCUGGACGACGGCACGGUCUUCGUGGUCCACGAGCUGGGCAAGGACGGCAGCUUCCGGAGCCUCAGGGAGCGCCGCUCCAACCGGACCGUCACCGCCGCGGAAUUCGAGAGGAUCUCCGGCUCCUCCCCCUUCAUCCGCGAGAUGAUGCGCCGGGUGGACGACUCCUCGGACGAGCCCUCCACCCCUGAGAAGUCCUUAGCGGCGAGGAAGAGCCGCCGGAGGAGGCGGUUCGGGUGGCUCCGGAGGCUGGGCAUCGGCGCCUGCGUCGUCGACGCCGAGGACGACGAGGAGGCGAAUUCGACCUCCUCCAGCUCCUGCCGGAGUUGCGCCGGGAAGCCCGGGAAGGCCCUUGACAGGGUCAAGGUCAGGCCAUACAAGAAGCGGUCAAAGGAAUUGUCAGCUGUGUACAGGGGCCAAGAGAUCAGGGCGCACAAGGGCCCCAUUGUGGCCAUGAAGUUCAGCUCCGACGGGCAGUACCUGGCCACCGGAGGCGAGGACGGCGUGGUGCGGGUGUGGCGGGUGGUGGAAGGCGAGAGGCCCGACGAACUCGACUUCGCCGAGGACGAUCCGUUGUGUGUGUUCUUCACUGUCAAUGAGAACUCUGAACUGGCCCCUGUCAACUCCAGCGAAGGGACCAAGAGCAAACAGGACAAGAGCUCAAAGGGGCAAGCAGAUCCGGCCUGCGUUGUGAUCCCUCACCGCACCUUUGCGCUGUCUCAGGUCCCUGUGCAUGAAUUCCAUGGGCAUGAUGAUGCCAUCUUGGAUCUCUCAUGGUCCAAAAAUGGGGACUUGAUUUCUGCAUCUAUGGAUAAAACUGCUCGAUUGUGGCGGGUCGGGUGCAACAGUUGUCUCAAGGUUUUCUUCCACAAUAACUACGUGACAUGUGUUCAGUUUCACCCUACGAGUGACAAUUAUUUUAUCAGCGGUUGUAUCGAUGGAUUGGUUCGCAUUUGGGAUGUUCGUAAAUGCCUAGUGGUAGACUGGGCUAAUAGCAAAGAGAUCAUAACCGCAGUCUGUUACCGGCCUGAUGGAAAGGGGGUAGUGGUUGGGACCAUAACAGGAAAUUGCCGCUACUACGAUGCAUCAGAAAAUCGUCUAGAACUGGAAUCUCAGGUCUCUCUGAAUGGCAGGAAGAAGUCUCCACUUAAAAGAAUAGUUGGUUUCCAGUACUGCCCAUCUGAUCCAAAGAAGUUGAUGGUAACAUCUGGUGACUCACAAGUUCGCAUUCUUGAUGGGGUUCAUAUAAUUUCCAACUACAAAGGAUUGCAAAGUUCAAGCCAAGUUGCUGCAUCAUUUACCCCAGACGGAGAUCACAUAAUCUCUGCUAGUGACGACUCCCGUAUCUACAUGUGGAAUCAUGUGAACCAACUUGCCCCAGUCACAAGCCGCGUGAAGACAGUGUGGUCAUACGAGCGUUUUUUCAGCAACGAUGUCUCCAUCGCCAUACCGUGGAACGCCUCACAAUCAAGGAACUCUAUUUCACUGGCCUGCAACAUCCCUUCUUUACGGCAAGAAGUGUCCGGCGACCUCUGUGACAUACAGGACAGUAGCACAUCACGCUGCCAGACUGAAGAUUGCCUCGAAGAUGACAACAUGUUCCGGUUACCAUCGGGCAAUUUCACUCUUAGCAGGGCGUUCCUCGCGGAGUCUGCUCCAAGGGGAUCAGCCACGUGGCCGGAGGAGCAUCUGGCAUCCAACUCCGCGACGGCAUCUACUUUGCGUAAAUCUCAGUACAAGUUCCUGAAGGCGUCUUGCCAGAAUGCAGCCACACAUGCCUGGGGCCAGGUCAUAGUCACCGCAAGCUGGGACGGCCACAUCAGGUCAUUCCAGAACUAUGGCUUGCCGGUGCAAGUUUGA